AGUGCCGAGAAUAAGAUGGAUAGCAGUAACUUGUCUGUAAUCUUGGCUCCCAAUCUCCUUCACUCUGGAGACGGUACAGAGAAGAUGAACGCCAACACAGAGAAACGCCUCAAACUACAGGCAGCUGUAGUACACUGCUUCAUAGAGAAUGCCCACAACUUUGGUGUGUUACCACAGUUCCUUUUAGAGAAGGUUCCAGCCAUGAUGGGCUGUGAGGCGGGGGUUUCGUCCCCUACUCAUGAUGAACUCAGGGAGCUGGACUUAAACUCAGGAAUGAAGAGGAGACCCAGAUGCAGCUUCGGAGAUAUGGUCAAUGGUGCUCUGAAUAAAAUAAAAACUAAUAGAACACCCACAAAAGCCACCCAAACAGACAGUCUUGUCUUUUCUUCUGCAACUCCUGUGAUUGCAACACCAACCUCCAAGCGAAAACUUACUUUGGAAUCUGGUCACUCUUUUGGAUUCUCAAACAAGAAACGUAGAUCUGUCAAAAAGAACCUUGGGAUAGAAUUACUUCCCAAUUCUUUGUUCAGUGGGACCACCACUCCUGGAUCAGCUUACAGUGCUUCAGGGGUUUUGGACUCUUCCCAGAAUACCUUGUCCUCAGCAGGGAAGUCUAGAAGACAAUCAGCUACUUCUGUAAGAAGGAAGAGCCGAAGAUUUAGCAGCAGAAAUGUGGUCAACAGGGUUGAAUCUGGAAGAGCUGGCUGUUUUUCUCCUAAAGUCAGCAAAAAAGAAGCCCCACGCAAGUCUCUGCGCUUACGUUUUAGCCUGGGGAAGAGCAGCAAAGACGCUGGAUCUGAGUCCAUUGGCUGGCGACUUGCCACUCAAGAAAGCACCACCAGUUUUCGUUUCACCGAAGAAAAAGAGUUCAGCCCGUCAGUUCUGCCUAGAAACACUGAAUCCAAGAAUUCUAAGUACAUCAGCAAGUCUGAAGACAACCUGCUGACCCCCCAGUGUUCCUCAAGUGCCCACCGGACCUCAUGGAGCGGGGAGACUCCUGUAGGAGCUCAGGGUUUUAGUGGAGGAUCCUUUACAGAUACACCCAUGAACAUGUGCCUAAAGAACAACUAUGUGUCUGAGCCUGCCAUCGUCAUAUCAAAGCCCUCAGCGGUGUCCAGCCUCCCCAUGAAGCUGUGUUGUGCUUCCAGUGCCGAGAGCCUGGAGAGUGAGAGUUCAAUCGCUGAAGCCCCGAACCAAAACAGACCCACCCUGCUGAAAAUCAAGAGUGCCUUAACAGAAUUGGGCAGUGAUGUUCGGGCUGUCGUACAGGACUCCUCCUGUGGAGCAACCUUGACAAAACCAUCAGACAGCAUCCUCCUCCCUCCACCUGAGACUCCUGCAGCCAAAGUUCUGUCUGUGGAUACAGACGCAUCCAGCGGCCCAACUCAACAAAGCUUUCUGGCUAAAGAACAGAACAUUACAUUUGGACAGAUUGAAAUAGCCGCUUUGUCUCCUUUGCAUAUUGAUAGUGUAGUUUUUGAGUCUGAUGUGUAUUGCAGUACAGCAGUAAGGGUUGAUGAAGGUUCUUUCUGUGCUGCUGCUGCCAUCAAUAAUUAUGAGAGCCCCAUGGUGGAAGAAAGUGAGGAGGCAGAGCAAGUAAACUGCAGCAGGUUGAUUGAUGCUCUGGACAUCCAAAGUCCCGCUCAUUUCAAACGGGGUCUUCCCUCUGGGCUGCAGUCCACUCCCUACAAGCCAUGUCUUAAACUCAACCAUGAGCAUGGCACACCUUCUAGAGCUGGUACUACAACCAGUAUGGUACAUGAAGAUCACGAAUCUUCCUCAGAGAUCGGUACCAAAGUCCAAAAGCAGAAAUCGCUCUCAUCAGCCAGCCUGGAUACCCAGAAGAUCCGAGUGGCUGACCACAUCCAACACUUCAACAGCCUCACCCUUCACUCUCCCAGAGGCUCCAAGGCCCACAAUAUUAGGUCACCGCUCAGGUUCCAGCGCACCCCUGUCAUUCACACUGUCCGUAGGAUGAACUCUCUUAUGGGAGAGAACAGGAGACCCAGUCGACAUCUGGAACUCAGUGCCAGCUGCCACAGUGGUCAGGUGGUGAAGGCAGUGAGCCUGGAGAGCGGCAUCUCCCCUCACCCUCAGCUUCAACCCCACCAGGGAGAGGCACGAGUGUCCAACAGCAUUUGUCCCAUGAAGAAACCACCUCCAGUCCCUCCCAAAAAGUCAAGCAUCCUGGCCCGCAAAUCUAUGGCCUUUGCUCUAGGUGAUGUGACCAACAAGGUCCAACCUAAGACCAAAGUGGACUCUGAUCCGUCAGGAAAUCAGAAGCUUCAUGUGCAGCAGCUAGCAGAGAAGGACAUGAACCAUUACAGAGGUUCACCAAGAAACCCUCUCAACCAAGUACAACUGCUGUCUGCUACCAAGCCUGUAGAUUUAUAGUUGAUACUCUUUAUGCCUUAUCGUUCCCUCCUUACUAUGCAGGUCUCUGUCUGAUAAAACGACAUGACAUUAAACCUUCCAGUUAAUCUGUAUUGCAGGGGUUUUAAUUUAUUUUUAGCUCUGGUAGGUGCUGUUUCUGUGGCGUUAGGGCCUCGGUGGGAGAUGUUAAUAUGCCUUACAUUUGUUUUACUCUAGUAAGACAAGUUUAGAUGUUAUGAAAACAUUUCAGCCUAAAAGAUUAUAUGUCAAGUAGUGUUUAAGUUGUAGUGUGCAGGACAAAUUAUGUGAAAUGUGAUUGAUGGUAUGACUGGAAAUAUUUAGAUCAAGUCUUAUGCUUUAAUUUAUGCAUUUUAUAGCUAAUCCUUAGGUAGAUGUGUUUUUUUAAACGGUUUACUGAAGUUAAAGGUGGAUUUUCUAAUACAGAAUAUUUUCUUACAGUUGUUGUCAUGUGCAGAAAAGGAGAAAAAAAAAAGCACCUUUUGGUGGAAUUCAUGAGGGAAAAGAAAAAGCCAAGCAGUAUUGAUCAAAUCAUCUGUCUAAUGCAGUCUGUUAAUUUCAAAACCAUCAACCAGUCAAAUGCUUUGCUAUGUGAACUGCUUCAGACAAAU